AUGGCUUAUCAGCCUUUUUCUGGUAGUGGGUCGGGAUUGAAAUUUUUGAAUUACUCUUUUGGAGACACCACAUAUACCAAGUUGUUCGUGGGAGGCCUGGCAUGGGAAACGCAGACCAACACAUUGCGUCGUCACUUUGAGCAGUUUGGGGAAAUUUUCGAGGCUGUCGUUAUCACCGAUAAGCAUACCGGUCGAUCGAAAGGCUAUGGUUUUGUGACAUUUCGUGAUCCUGAAGCUGCAAAGAGGGCUUGUGCAGAUCCAAAUCCUGUUAUUGACGGAAGGAGGACAAAUUGCAAUUUGGCUUCUCUUGGGCGAUCUCAACCAUUUUUGCCUUAUGGACGCCUGAGGUCAGCAGUGCCUUAUAGUGGGAGUGCUCAGACCCCUAGAUUGCCGUACAUCGGAAGCCCCUCUUACCACCAACCAGUUUCGUACAGCUAUCAACCUGGAUUGCCUUAUCUUCUGUAUGGGUAUCCGGCAUAUGGAGCCGAAUAUGUCUAUCCACAGGGUGUCUACAAUUCUCAUUUGGGUCAGCAUUACCUUCAGAUAUAUGGUGUACCAGGCGCAGCUAACUCGAAUAUAUCAUCAUAUCGAAUGAGACGUCCUUCUCCCGGCAGCCUUGGGAAUACAAACAUUCAAGGUUAUGUGAUGCCAGGUCCUCAUAUGCUGCAAUAUGGCAGAACCAAUAUUAGCGACCAUACUGGUUUCACUGCAUCGUCUCGAGGACAUGUACGAAUUAUGGUUGCUGCUCACCCUCCCCAAUUCGCUGAGGGUAGUGGUUCUGAUCAAAUUACAGGUGAUCUAUAAAUUAGAAGCAAGGGCACCACCUACUUAAGUGGUGGUACCAUGUACAUUCAAUAGGUAUUGAACAGACAUCCACCGAAGGCGAGGCCAUGAGCCCUCUUU